AUGCACGGGGAUACGGAAGACAAGGACAAGCCGCCAAGCAAGGAAGAAGAGCUCCGGGUAGAUGUCAUGAAGAUGAAGGAGGAGGCAGACUUCUGGAGGCAGUCUGAGAAGGUCAGCCGGCAGUGCCUACGUGCACUACUCAAGGAGAAACUUUUCUUUGGCGUGGAAGGCACGGAUGAGGUCCCAGCGCAGGAGCAAGAGAACGAGCAGGUGAAGGAGUGCCUCGAUCUCCUGGAUCAGAACGAGAAGCUCUCAGCCGAGCUGAGCGCCAUGUCCAACGAAGGCAAGCUGCUUCGCCUCAUCGCGGCAAGGGCUCACCGCCUCCCAGGGAGGCCGGCAGAGGAGCGCAGCAAGGGAGCACAAGGGAAGGAGGACUCGGCAGCAGGAAAGUCACCAGCAUCGAGCUCCCUACACUCGUCGACUGCCAGCGCAGCACGCGGCACAUCCAGGAGGCAGGAGGAGGUGGAGCUAGAGAUGUGGAACACGCUGAAGAAGAGCCAUGACAGGAUGGCGUUGCUCGAGAGCACCAUCGAGAGCUUGCAGCAGCGGGCUGACGAGAAGAACUCAAGCUUCUCCUCCAGUCGCGCCCUGGACUCCAGCCAGAGGUCCUUCUACCCCCUCCUGUUCACGGCCGCCCCCCCACUGGCGGAAGACUCCGAGCUCGCCACUAGGAUCAGGAGGUUGGAGCUGAUCGUGCAAAACCUUGAGAAGAACCCGCAGCAGGGGCUGGUGCAUGCUCCUGCUCAACCUGCGGGCCUGGUCAACGGGAGUGCCAAGGGGGAGGACACUGGCCUCAGGACGUUGGCAAGCGCGACCAAGAACAAGACGGCGGACCUCGUUGAAAGGAUUUUAAGAGUGGAGGAGAGGUUGAGCUCGAGGUGA